AUGGUAUUUGCUUCGGCUGCUUUAAGUCAUGUUUCUGGUGAAGUAAAUGAAAAUCCUUUUGAGAUCCUUAGACUGUGGAUACAAUCUUUAUCAAUAUCCUUUGUUCCUAGUAAAGGUGCAGCAGGAGAAGUAACACAAGAUCAUACUGGUUGCUUCUUAGGCUGUGAAACUGUAACUUUUGAUGCUACUUCAUCUUUACUUGCAGAAUCCAUUGCCUGCAAUCUGGGUGUUUCGUUGGCAAAGAGCAACAACAUGAUUUUGAAAGAAUUUUAUGAAGCUAAUGUCGAUAUUGCUCCUCGUGGAGAUUCGAUAAUUGAGGUAAGUAAAUCAUGUAGCGUUAGCGAAGAUGAAGGUGACAUUGAUGGUAAUUAUAGCAAUUGUUCAAAAGAUAGUUUGGGAUUUGAAAGUGACUGUGAAAUGGUAAAUGAGUACUGUGAAAAGGUUGAAAAUCAUGAAACGAGAGAAAUAUUUUCAGAUGGUAUUGAAACUAGGAUGAAAGAAGAUCCAAAGAUUGGAAUGAUAUUUGACACAAUAGACGAAGCUUAUGAAUACUACAACAGAUACGCAAGAAAGGUUGGUUUUAGUGUGAGGAUACAAAGAACAAAUAGAAACCGAACCGAGAAAAUUCGUCGGCAACUUUUGGUUUGUAAUUGUGAAGGUUCAUACAGGAAGGUUAGAACACCUAAGAAGAAAAGAGCUGAACGAAGAUUUGGAUGUAAAGCUAUGUUUGAGAUUAAACUUUGUGAUGGUGACAAGUAUGAGGUAAUCGGUUUUUGCGCGAAUCAUACACACGAUCUCGUACCGGCAUGGGGUUCCCAUUAUCUGAAGUCCCAAAGAAAAAUCGAGGUUCCCCAACAGGGGAUUAUCAGUAAAAUGUACGAUUCUGGUAUAAAACCGGCAGAAAUUUUCUCAUAUAUGCGUGAAGAAUCUGGUUGCGCUAGAAACCUUAACUUCACUAGAAUUGAUUCUAACAAUUUUAUACAGAGGAUUAAAAGGCUUGAAUUCUUCAAGAAAGGUGAUGCACAAUGUCUCAUAGACUAUUUCAAGAAAAAGAAACAGGAAAACAAGCAUUUUUUCUACUGUUUUCGAACAAAUGAAGACGGAGAAACACGUGGUGUUUUCUUUUGUGAUGCACAGUCGAGAAGAGAUUAUGCAUUAUUUGGUGAUGCCGUAUGUUUCGACACGACGUUCCGGACGAAUAAUUACAACAUGCUUUGUGCACCAAUUGUGGGGAUAAAUAACCAUGGGAAAACAACACUUUUUGGAUGUGGACUAAUAGAUGGUGAAUCAACUGAUGCUGUGGUGUGGUUAUUUAAUACUUUCAUGGAGGCUAUGGAAGGAAAGAGACCUGUAAGUAUAUUUAGUGAUCAAGCACCAGGAAUUUUAAAAGCCGUUGAAGAAGUGUUUCCAUAUUCUCACCAUGGAUUAUGCUUGUGGCAUAUCAGUCAAAACGCAGCUAAGCAUUUGGGUAAAACAUUUUCUGAGUAUAAAUCAUUUGCAUCAGAUUUCAAAUCUUGCAUAUAUGAUCCGGAAACAAUUGAUGAAUUUGAAAAAAACUGGAAAAAAAUGCUUGAGGAUUAUAAGCUUACAAAUAAUGAGUGGUUGCAAGGGAUAUAUGAUUUGCGAGAAAAGUGGGCUCAAGUUUACAGUCAUUCUUAUUUUUGUGCUGGAAUAACCACAACACAGAGAAGUGAGAGCAUUAACAAGUUUCUGAAGUCUUACUUCUGUAAUGGAAAAAUUCUUCUGCGACAAUUUUUUCAUAAAUAUUCUAAGGCUAUGACUGAUCGACGAGAAAAGGUAUUGGAGGAGGAAUUUAAAACGCAACAAACAUCGCCUAAUGUUUUUUUUUAUUGGAAUGUAGCGCGUGAAGCAGCUAAAUUUUAUACUCGAAAAAUGUUCAGUAUCUUUCAAGAAGAGCUCAAGUUAAUUGUUGGGUUGUUAUUGGAAAUGGAAAAAGAAGAUGGAGGCAUUCGUAUUUAUAAGGCAAAAGAUAUUGACGAUAUGAGAAGGAUACGUACACUCACAUACAAUAGCAUCGAGAAUUCGGUUUCAUGUUCUUGUAGGAAGUUCGAAUUUAGUGGAAUUCUUUGUGCCCAUGCACUAAAAGUCUUCCAUGACUUGCAGUACAAAAAUCUACCCCCGCAGUACUACUUAAAAAGAUGGUCUAAAAAAGCUACAAACGAAGUUGUGUUCGACGCUUCUGGCGAUUUAAUCCCAAAUGACAACGACACAUCUGCUACACAGUGUUACAGUGAGUUGUCACAUAUUUCUCAAAGAAUUGUUAGCAAGUGUUGUUCACAAUCAAAAGAAUUAUUUGAUUUGACUAAGUUGUCACUGCUGAGAGUGGAACAACAGAUGGAGGCACACAUACGUUCACUAAAGGAACAAGAGUCUAAUGUUCCACAUAGUACAUCAAAUGCCCCGACCCCGGUACCAAAUGUGAUUGAGGAGGAAGUACUUCGAGACCCACAAAAAAAGAUUUCUAGAGGCCAAUCAAGGAAACAGAUAAAGGGUCCGUUUGACACUGGAGUACCAAAAAAUUCAGUUAAAAAAGGUCGCACAGUGGAUGAAGUUACCAUGAACCAAUUGGUGUAUAAUUCAGAAAGACUAGAAGCCUCACAAGGAGUUGUUGAUCAUCAAAGACUAUUACUGCAUAGUGGAUCUCUUUUGACACAGCAGGCAGCACGUUCCCAAAACUCUACGUCUAUUGGUACAAGUAUCUCUACGACAAAGAGGAAACCAAGAAUUUGCAAACCAUGUGACAAGGGAGGUCACGAUACUCGGAAUUGCCCAAGAAAAAAAGAAAUUGGGAAAUUGGGUAUCGGCAUUGUUGUUGGAGGCCAGGUACUUGAUGAUAAUGGGCAUUUAGACGUCAAUAAUGGUUAG